GUUUGUCCUGCCGGAGUCCGCCAUGUUGUCGGUUGACGGUUGAUCGCCGGGCAGCGCUCGCUUCGGGGCUCUGCCUGGUUUUGAACGUUUCCUUCGCGACCCUUCCCCCCCCCCGAGCUUCCCGUUGUUAUGAAGAGCACCGCCCUGCGCCGCCUCGUAUUUAUUUCUCGCUGAUUGUGUUUUUUUUCCAGGAGGGAGGGAGGAAAGCAAUCUUUAUCUCUCUUAUUUUGGCUUAUUUUUUUUUGGGGGGAGAGGGUGGAGGGAGCGAUCGAGCGGUCGGUCGGUCGCCUGAACCGGAGGAGCAGCGAUGUUUUCCAAAAAACCUCACGGAGAUGUGAAGAAGUCCACGCAGAAAGUCGUGGAUCCCAAGAAGGAUGUGCUGACGAGGUUAAAGCACCUGAGAGUUGUCAUAGAAAAUUCUGAAGCAAAUGAUUUGAAGCCAUUCUUUGAUCAAACAUAUUCGCACAUAUACUAUGUUUUCUUUGAAAAUUUUGUGGCAAUUGAAGCCAGCCUAAAGCAAAAAGGUCAUAAGUCACAGAGGGAAGAAUUGGAUUCUAUCCUUUUUAUUUUUGAGAAAAUUCUGCAACACCUUCCGGAAAGAAUUCAAAACAGGUGGCAGUUCCACAGCAUAGGCUUGGUUUUAAAGAAACUGCUUCAUAUUGGAAACUCCUUAAAGAUUCGACGUGAAGGUGUACGACUUUUUCUGCUGUGGAUGCAAGCACUCCAACACAAUUGUACUGAGGAACAGCUGCAUAUUUUCGCCUGUCUCAUUCCUGGAUUCCCACCAUUGCAAUCAGAUCAUGGACCUCGAACAUUGGACAAUUUGAUUAACUCUCCGCUCUAUCUUCAAGAAACUCAAGUCACUCCAGAAGAAAUCACUCCCCUUGUACCUCCACAAUCCGGAGACAAAGGACAAGAUGAUCUUACAAGCUACUUUCUUGAUGCACUGCUAAAAUACAUGGCAAAGGGAUUAGAAUGGAAAGACAAAGAAAAUCAGGAAAAGGGGUUUGCAUUUUUGUUUGCAAACUUCAAGAAGUACUAUCUGCCUCACAUAUUUCCAAAUUUUUCAAACGAGACCAGCUUGUUUAACCCAAUACUUGAGGUCCCACAGUUGAGACCAAAGCCAUAUUAUAUUAUGACCAAGAAAGAUCCAGAGACAAAUGAAGCAACAUAUUGCACUAAGGAUACAUUUUUGUCUGCUCGUGUCUCUGUCAUCCGAUGGUUGGUGUCUUUCUGGUUUGAACUGAAAUCUACCACAACACUUCAGAUUCCUGGAGUUGAAGGUGAAAACAUACCAAAGAACAUUCAGAGAGCAGCUGCUGGCUUGGCUGCCAGGGAAGAGAGUUCCCUCCGGGGAGACUCAGGGGAUGGUGCUGUAGAACUGGAGCAAUCUCAUUCAAACACUAGCACCUUAACUGAACGAGAGCCUAGUUCAUCCAGUCUAUGUAGUGUUGAUGAAGAACAUCUAACUGAUAUGGAAAUAGUGCGCAAAGUGUUGUAUUCUUCAAGGGAGAAUGUAAAUUUUAUUAUUGAGGUUUUUCGACAGGCUUUUCUGUUGCCCAUCUGUGAAGCUGCAGCCAUGAGAAAAGUUGUUAAAGUUUACCAGGAGUGGAUUCAACAAGAGGACAAACCUGUAUUUAUGAAGGAACCUGAAGAAAUGGGCUAUUCUCCAUCAACAAGUGUCAUUCAGUUAAACAGUUCAGGGGAACAUGGAAUUUCUUACUCGGUUGAUAAAAAAGAACAAGAGCAGGAGAAAGUGACAAAGUCACUAGGUCACGUGAGAAAUCCCAGCUGGACGAGAAAUUCUUCUUACCAGAAUGCAAUUAAUAAAGCAUCUGAAAUGGAGGAAGAAGAGGGGAAUGUUUUCGCAGGUACUCAGGCAUCACUGCAGGUUUUUAUAACCAAUUCGGCAAAUAUAUUGCUGUUAGAGCCUGCCAAUGAGAUUAUGCAUCUUUUAGAUGAACAUGUGGAUAUGUGCAAGCGUGUUCUCAACAUCUAUCGAUACAUGGUUGUGCACACAACAAUGAACAAGAAGACCUGGGAGCAGUUGUUAUUGGUUUUGCUUCGAAUCACCGAAUCUGUUAUGAAGAGACCUCCACAAGCAGCACCGUUGUCUCAAGCAAGAAAACUUGCUAUGUUAGCAGGACGACUUGCUACGCCACUCUUUCGGACUCUAAUAGUAGCCUGGAUAAAAGCAAACUUGGAUGUGUACGUGUCUCGGGAGCUAUGGGAUGAGUUGCUGGCUGUGCUUUCAUCACUGACGUGUUGGGAGGAGCUCAUUAAUGAAUGGGCAAUGACCAUGGAGACCUUGACCAAAGUGCUGGCCAGAAAUCUAUAUAAUCUUGAUUUACAUGAUCUUCCACUAGAUAAACUGAGUGAACAAAAACAGAAGAAGCACAAAGGAAAAGGUGGUAUACAUGGGUGUCAGAAAUUAACCGUUGAUAAAUCGUUUUCACGUGGGUGGAGUCGUGAUCAACCAGGACAAGCGCCAAUGAGGCAGCGAAGCGCAACUACUGCAGGUUCUCCAGGAACAGAAAAGGCAAGAACCAUUGUACGGCAGAAAACUGUAGAACUCCCUGACUCUUGUGAUGUACCACUUGAAAAGAUCACAUUCCCUGAUUGUCCCUCUGGCAAUGAGAGAAUUGGGAAUAUUACUGGAUGCGGCGUGAUGCCAGCGAUCCCUGAUCUAGAUGAUGCCCAAAUGUUGCCUCGGCCUACUCGAAUAAGACAUUAUUCGCAGAGUGAAGAAAAUGCAUCUGAAAUAUUUAACUCUGUACGUGAAGAGCAACCAAUGCCACGAAGCAGCAGCACAUCAGAUAUAAUGGAACCGAUCAUAGCUGAAAGAGCUAAAGUCAAUAAGGAGGACCCUAGUCAAAAACCUCGACCAUUCAGUGGUGAUAUUGGAAAUAGCAAUCCCAACAUCAGUGAUCUCAUGGAUGAGUUUAUAGCAGAAAGGCUGCGAACUGGUACUUCAGUUAAUGUGUUGAGGAGGGGCAGCAGCCCCGGCAGCUUGGAAGUGCCAAAAGAUCUUCCUGACUUAUUAACUAGGCAGAAUCCGAUGCGACCUGUAGAUGACCCAGGUGUCCCAUCCGAAUGGACAUCUCCAGCCAGUGCAGGAAGCAGUGAUCUGAUUAGUUCCGACAGCCAUUCAGACUCUUUCAAUGCUUUUCAGUGUGAUGGGCGUAAAUUUGAAAGCUUCUCCUUUGGCAGUGAAACCUUGCCUGCAGGAUGCACUGAAGCAGAUUCAGGACCACCUCGACUGACUGCUGAGGAACAGGAAUUGGCCACCUUAACUGCUAUGCACAUUGAUUCAGAAACUAGCAGCCUCAACCUGCAGGCCAUCUCUGGUGACACUGUUACAAUCACAGGUUCUGAAAGUGCUUCUCCUGCCCAUUCCAAUGCCUGUUCAAGAUCUCAGACUCCUUCUCCAUCCACGUUGAAUGCUGAUCACACAGAGCAUAAGGAUUUGCAAUUAGAUGAAAAGCUUCACCAUUCAGUCUUGCAAACCCCUGAUGAUUUAGAAAAUAGUGAGUUUCCAAAUGAGGAUUGCAGUGUGAUGGCAGGAGGGACCCUCAAAGGCUGGCAAGAAGAUGUUGCUACAGUUAUGUGGAGACGAAUGCUUGGUAUUUUAGGAGAUGUCAAUUGCAUUAGAGAUCCUGAAAUUCAUGCACAAGUCUUUGAUUAUUUGUGUGAGCUCUGGCAGAAUUUGGCCAAGGUAAGAGAUAAUCUCGGAAUCACAACGGAUAACCAGACAUCACCACCUCCUCCAGUACUAAUACCACCCCUCAGGAUUUUAACUCCAUGGCUUUUUAAGGCAACAACAUUACCAGAAAAAUAUAAACAAGGAAAGCUGCAUGCUUACAAGCUUAUCUGUAAAAUCAUGAAAAGACGUCAAGAUGUUUCACCUAAUUCUGAUUUCUUGGUUCACUUCUACAAUAUAAUGCACACUGGACUUUUAAAUUCUGAUCAGGAUAUAGUAAAUACAAUCAUCAAGCACUGUUCUCCAAGGUUCUUUUCUGUUGGGUUGCCUGGUGCUACCAUGCUAAUUUGGGACUUUAUAGUUGCUGCUAGCAAAGUGACAUCCUCCGCUUCACUCAAUGCUCCAAGAGUCGAGGCUCAGAUUCUGCUUGGUUCUUUAGUCUGUUUUCCAAAUUUGUACAAUGAUUUCCCAACGCUGCUGCCUUCUAUUGCUGAGAUUUCAUCCACAAAGUGUGAAGAUGUUAAGGAACUUGUAGUGAAGAGCAUUCUAAAAUCAGCAAGAGAAGAGCCUUCAGGUCCAGCUCGAUGCGUUGCACUUUGCAGCCUUGGCAUUUGGCUUUGUGAAGAACUCGUACAUGAUACUCAGCAUCCUCAUAUCAAAGAAGCUUUGAAUGUGAUCUGUGUAACCUUAAAGUUCCCAAAUAAAGCAGUUGCACAAGUAGCUUGCGAUAUUUUGCAUCUAUUGAUCAAUUAUGUGGACAAGCUUCAGAAUUAUCCACCAGAUUCUCCCAAAAAGCUUAUUGAGAUAUUGAUGGCAACAAUUACUUAUUUGCUGCCUGGGACAGAAAUAUCACCACAUGAGCAAGAUAAGAGGCUAGUAGUAUCCCUGCUACUCUGCCUUUUGGACUGGUGUAUGGUGCUGCCUUUAAGUACACUACUUCAACCUGUACACACUGCAGGACAGGAUAAAGAUAAAGCUGAUAAAUCAGUUCUCAGUUGUAUUUACAAGGUGCUGCAUGGCUGUGUCUAUGGAGCUCAGUGCUUAACUAAUCCCAGAUACUUUCCCCUGACCUUAUCUGAUCUAGCAUCUGUUGACUAUGAUCCAUUCUUGCACUUGGAAAGCUUGAAAGAACCAGAACCUUUGCACUCCCCCGACUCCGAGCGCUCGUCAAAACUCCAAACUGUCACAGAGGUGAGGAGCCGUAUACAGCAGGGUUUGAUCUCAGUUGCUGCCCGGACUGUGGUAAUUCAUUUGGUGAAUCAUGUUGGCCACUACCCAUUGGGUGGAGGCCCAGCAAUGCUCACCAGCCUGAUAAGUGAAAACCAUGACAAUCCUUUCACAGACUGCAUUGAGCUUUCUCCUGAGCUCUUUGAGAAUCCAAAUCUCCAAUUUUUUGUACUGAACGGUACUACCCUUAUCUCAUACCUGGAAAUCCCUGUUGAGGACAAUAUCCCAGGAGGAGGGAUGUCGGCUGGACUCACAACAGCUACCUCAAAUGUUAGAGUUAUAGUACGGGAUAUAUCAGGUAAAUACUCCUGGGAUUCUGCAAUCCUAUAUGGACCACCUCAGUACUGUCAACCAAGACAUGUUGCUCACAAGUUCACCAAUGUCAAUAAACAGGAACAGUUGGCCGAACCUAUCUUUAAUGAAACUGAAAUUGACGAUGCUGCUUUAAGGGAGUAUUUGAUACCUCAAGCUAAAAGAAGAUGUAGAGAAGUAGUGCCAUCUUGGGACGUGAUUCGUGAUGAUGAGGAUGCCCUGGAUGAGAUGCUCCAAUACCUGGGUUCCACCAGCCCAGAGUGUCUCCAGAGAGCUGGUGUGCAGCUGAAUGUCCCAGCUCCACCUCCUGUCUGCAUUUCAGAGAAGCAGGAAAAUGAUGUUAUGAAUGCAAUUCUGAAACAAUACACUGAAGAGAAGGAGUUUGUGGAGAAGCUUAGCAAUGACCUGAAUAUGAAAGCAAUGGAACAGGAGGAACUUGGUCCACAGGAACCUCAGUCUGUAUUUUACUAUUGCAGAAUGCUGCUGAAUAUUCUUGGCAUGAACUCUUGGGAUAAAAGGACUAGUUUCCAUCUCCUGAAGAAAAAUGAAAAGCUACUUAGAGAAUUAAAAAACCUAGACUCAAGACAAUGUCGAGAAACACAUAAGAUAGCAGUAUUUUAUGUUGCUGGAGGGCAAGAAGACAAGCACUCCAUCCUUACAAAUACUGGAGGAAGCCAAGCUUAUGAGGAUUUUGUAGCAGGGCUUGGUUGGGAGGUCAAUCUUACAAAUCAUUGUGGCUUUAUGGGUGGAUUACAACGAAAUAAAAGCACUGGGCUUUCAACUCCUUACUUUGCUACGUCUACAGUAGAAGUAAUGUUUCAUGUAUCGACAAGGAUGCCUUCAGAUUCGGAUGAUUCCUUGACAAAAAAGCUGCGACACCUGGGGAAUGAUGAAGUGCAUAUCAUCUGGUCAGAGCAUACAAGAGACUACAGAAGAGGAAUCAUUCCUACAGAAUUUGGUGAUGUGCUACUUGUUAUUUAUCCAAUGAAAAAUCACAUGUUUAGUAUCCAGAUAAUGAAGAAGCCUGAGGUUCCAUUUUUUGGGCCACUCUUCGAUGGUGCAAUUGUGGAUGAAAAGGUUCUUCCGUGCUUGGUCCAAGCUACAGCAAUAAAUGCAAGUCGAGCAUUAAAAUCGCUCAUUCCACUGUAUCAGAAUUUCUAUGAAGAGAGAGCUCGAUACCUGGAAACAAUUGUGGAACACCACCAGGAACCAACAACAUUUGAAGAUUUUGCUGCUCAGGUCUUUUGUCCAGCUCCUUGUCACUACUUGCCAUCUGAUUCAGGCUUAUGCCCAGAGAGUCAGCGGGCCGAAAGUCCUGCAGCACAGGGAGCGGACGGGAUCGACUUAGCCUCUCCAAUGUCACCUCGUGCUAGCAAAAGUCGUAUGUCCAUGAAACUGCGUCGUUCUUCUGGUUCAGCUAAUAAAUCUUAGUGACCACGUUACCAACAAAGAAUUGCGCUUUUAUUCAUCAAAACUUGCCAUAAGUCCAUGCUGAUUUUUUUGGUUACUUUGCUCCUUAAUCCAAAUGUUUUGUAUCCUGCUAAUGUAUGUCCGCCACUCCGCCAUGUAGUUCAAAUUUGUUCCCCCUGAGCUAUUUUUUUAUUAAGAACACUGGAGUUCUAUUUUUAGCUUACAAAAAUAUGUAUUUUAACAAUCUGCUUAGUUGCGCACUGUGACUGCUCUGCACCCACUUGAUUACGUAUCUCUAUUUACUGCACUUUUAACCAUAAUUGCUAUUAUCUAAAGCAUUCUCUUGUCCAGUUGCAUUUGGCCAGUUAAACUGAAUGGCUCGUUAGUUAUUGGGCAUAAUCCCUAGGAAAUUAUGAUGGCAGUCUUGCUUUGCUGUACAUUGUGUAGUUUGUACAUACUUUUGAUUUUCACUAGGAACGUUUCAGAUUAUUUGUGCACCAAUUCAGGAAUGUAUAGUACUUUUUUCAGUUUAUAUGUAGAUGUAAAGUUGUGUUAAGAAUAUAUUCACCAAAUCAAUCUUAUGGCACAAAACAUGUACAGAAUAUUUUCAUUUUAAAUUAUAAGGUAUGAACUUUCCAAGGAAUGUAAAUGGUCUCUUAACAUUUCAGCCAUAAGAACGUCAUCUUAUGAGGAACAUUAAUGUUUCUCCUGAUGAAAGCGUAUGAACUUACAUUUAUUUGAAACACUGACAUAUAUGGAUAAUCGACAAAUAUAAGACACUGACAAUGCAGCUACAUUACACUAUUUACCUUGUGCAUGGCUUGCAACCAAGAAACUGUACAAAAGAAACCUGAUCUGAUGAGAGGCAAGGUGAAAGUCAUUGUUCGAACAAUUAAAAACUCUAGAUCUAUGUAGAUAUGGGCUCUUACAGGGCUUGCACUCCCAACAUGUUUUUCAAUUUUCCAUGAUCUGUUCAAUAAAGGGAAAAGGGAUCAUUAAAAGUGUAUGACCAGUUGAAUUUGAGUCAACUUUAAAUUGCUGAGUUGCAAAAUAAUGCACAAACCAGCUAUUCAGAUGUAUUUUCCUACAAGGAAACAUUAUUCAUAUUUUGUAGGUGAAUUGCAAUGUUACUACUAACUGUAUGUAGCAUGAUGUCAGUACUAACUGCAUGUGUAAAUAUCAUAGGAAGGUAAAAUAUAUUAUGUAUUGUCAUUCAUGUAGUUGUCUAUAAGAUUUGUAAUGGCUGGAAAAGAUGGCUGUUUAAUAAUACAAUAAAAAAUAUUCUUACCAUGUCUAA